GAUAUAAAUAGUAAAUAAAUAUAUGUGUGUGUAUUUAUACAUAUACACAUACAUAUGUGCACACGUAAUAAACAUUUUAAAAAACACCGAAAUACAAGAAGCAUUGUAAACGUAGCUGCCCCACUUUUUCCAAUUUGGUCCGACCCCUCCCAAAAAUAUUUCAGUGCCUAUGUGGUUCUUUGCCUUGGGGGAAAGAGGGCGGGAAGAGGCACCUGUGGCUGUCAAUCACCCGCUCUUCUCCAAUCCUGGCCCUGCCUUAGUCCCGCCCCCAGCUGCUCAGGUGAGAUUGCCCUCAGGUGCGCUGCCAGGAGCCCAGUCCGAGCAACAGACGCCCAGGGUCAGGAUGGUCCGGGGCUGGCCCUACAAGCUGGAGGCCAUCGCCCUGACCUUGGUGGGCUUCACCGGCUUCUUCUUCCUCCUCCAAAGCGGUCAAGGCCCGUCCGUCCCGAAGGAGGUGACCAUAGAGACCUGGACGCUGGGCCCCGAAACCACGACGCGAGCCCCUCGACCCGCUUGCCGUGCCAACACCUCGGCGGCCAACGUCCCCGGCUUUGCCGACCUUCCGGCCCACAUCCAGGACUUCCUCCGCUACAAACACUGCCGGGAUUUCCCCCUUUUGCUGGACGCGCCCCACAAGUGUGUCCGGACGGAGGUCUUCCUCCUGCUGGCCAUCAAAUCCUCGCCGGGGAACUACGAGCGCCGGGCCGCCAUCCGGCAGACGUGGGGCCAGGAGCGGACCUUCGAAGGGGCCCCCAUCCGGAGGGUCUUCCUCUUUGGGGUGGCCCCCGACCCCCGCGAGUCGGGGAAGCUCAACCGCCUGCUGGCGAUGGAGGCCUCGGACUUUGGGGACGUCCUGCAGUGGGGCUUCUGGGACACCUUCUUCAACCUGACCCUCAAGCAGACCCUCUUCCACGGCUGGCUGGCGGAGCGUUGUCCGGCGGCCAAGUUCGUCUUCAACGGCGACGACGACGUCUUCGCCAACACGGACAACAUGGUGCGCUACCUCUCGGGGGUCCCUCCGGGCCACCUCUUCACGGGGCACCUCAUCGCCCGCGUGGGCCCCAUCCGGGAGAAGUGGAGCAAGUACUACAUCCCGGAGCAGGUUACCACCGCCAAGGAUUAUCCUCCCUACUGUGGCGGAGGGGGGCUCCUGAUGUCCGGGCACACGGCCCACGCGAUCCACGAGGCCUCACGGGCCCUGGAUCUCUUCCCCAUCGACGACGUCUUCCUCGGGAUGUGCCUCCAACGGGCCGGCCUGGCACCCGCCUCACACUUGGCCAUGCGGACCGUGGGACUGAGGGUCCCCUCCUCCAACCCCUCUCCUUCCUUUGACCCAUGCCACUACCGGGAGCUGCUCCUGAGCCACCGCUUCCGGCCCUACGAGAUGCAGCUCAUGUGGAGGGAGCUCCACUCGAAAAGACUCCGGUGUGGGAAGAAGGUGGCCGUCUACCCCAAAAUCUGAGGGAGGAAAGAAGGAAAGAUUUCACAACCUCCCAAAGAGAAUCUCGACUCCCAUCUCCUUCUAAGGAAGCCCAGGAUCCACUAAAAUGGGGGGGGGGGAGGGUAUUGGAAAUAACUGCAUCCAGUCUCUGGGUACAUGCAUCCACCUCCACUGAGGUGUAAAGCAGACAGAAUACAAAAAGGAGUCUUGUGCCUGAACAUGUUCAGUCCAAUCACAUUAUGACUCUUCCCACACUGAAGAGGUAAAUUAAACUGACAAAUCAACAUACAGGUUAUCUGAAGUCCUAACAGUAACAUGCAUCCACCUCCUCUGAGGUGUAAAGCAGACAGAAUACAAAAAGGAGUUUUGCGCCUGAGCAUGCUCAGUCCAAUCACAUUAUGACUCUUCCCACACUGAAGAGGUAAAUUAAACUGACAAAUCAACAUACAGGUUAUCUGAAAUCCUAACAGUAACAUGCAUCCACCUCCUCUGAGGUGUAAAGCAGACAGAAUACAAAAAGGAGUUUUGCGCCUGAACAUGCUCAGUCCAAUCACAUGUCUAUAACUCCUCCCACACUUAAGAGGUAAAUUAAACUGACAAAUCAACAUACAGGUUAUCUGAAGUCCUAACAGUAACAUGCAUCCACCUCCACUGAGGUGUAAAGCAGACAGAAUACAAAAGGGAGUCUUGUGCCUGAACAUGCUCAGUCCAAUCACAUUAUAACUCCUCCCACACUGAAGAAGUAAAUUAAACUGGCAAAUCAACAUACAGGUUAGCAAAUACAGGUUAUCUGAAGUCCUAACAGUAACAUGCAUCCACCUCCACUGAGGUGUAAAGCAGACAGAAUACAAAAGGGAGUCUUGUGCCUGAACAUGCUCAGUCCAAUCACAUUAUAACUCCUCCCACACUGAAGAGGUAAAUUAAACUGGCAAAUCAACAUACAGGUUACCAAAUACAGGUUAUCUGAAGUCCUAACAUGCAUCCAACUCCACUGAGGUGUAAAGCAGACAGAAUAACAAAGGGAGUCUUGUGCCUGAACAUGCUCAGUCCAAUCACAUUAUAACUCCUCCUACUCUGAAGAGGUAAAUUAAACUGGGAAAUCAACAUACAGGUUAGCAAAUACAGGUUAUCUGAAGUCCCAACAGUAACAUGCAUCCACCUCCACUGAGGUGUAAAGCAGAAUACAAAAAGGAGUCUUGCGACUGAACAUGCUCAGUCCAAUCAUAUUAUGACUCCUCCCACACUGAAGAGGUAAAUUAAACUGACAAAUCAACAUACAGGUUAUCUGAAGUCCUAACAGUAACAUGCAUCCACCUCCACUGAGGUGUAAAGCAGACAGAAUACAAAAAGGAGUCUUGCGCCUGAACAUGCUCAGUCCAAUCACAUGUCUAUAACUCCUCCCACACUGAAGAGGUAAAUUAAACUGACAAAUCAACAUACAGGUUAUCUGAAGUCCCAACAGUAACAUGCAUCCACCUCCACUGAGGUGUAAAGCAGACAGAAUACAAAAGGGAGUCUUGCGCCUGAACAUGCUCAGUCCAAUCAUAUUAUGACUCCUCCCACACUGCAGAGGUAAAUUAAACUGGCAAAUCAACAUACAGGUUACCAAAUACAGGUUAUCUGAAGUCCACUGAGGUGUAAAGCAGACAGAAUUCAAAAGGGAGUCAUGUGCCUGAACAUGCUCAGUCCAUGGGAGUUGGAGUCCAAUACACCUGGAGGGCCGAAGUUUGCCCGUGCCUGAGAUAUAUACACAAAGAGAGAGAUCAGGGAUAUCUAUAUAUCUACAUAUAAAUUAAAAUACAUAUAAAGAAUAAUAUACAUUUAAUUAUGUGCUCAUACGAUUGUCAUGGCUUGGUCUGGGGUGCCCUCUUGUGGCUUCUAUCCCAAAGUCUAGUCGGGGAGAAAUAUCAAGGGUAUAUAUGUAUACGUAAAUAUAUAUGUGUGUAUGAACAUCUAUAAACCUUUCUUGAAGGCCUUCCCAAAGGACUCGUCACAUUUUCCCAUUGGGUUGGAGGAGAAAAAUGUCAAUAAAAUAAAAUAUUUUUAAUGCUCUC